GGUUUCAUUUUCAAAGUUGAAUCUCAGAACGUUCAUCGAUUUUUCUUCUUGUAUUACGUCACUGUUACGUACCUAUAAUUUUAAUUCAAAAUAUCCUCCUCGUAAGGCAACGCAAUGUUUUCUAUUUCCUGCUGUCAGGGAAAACAGCAAAACGUGGAUAUUCUUUACAAAAUCUAAUUUAGAGACAUGAUGAUAAUUAAAUGUUUUAUAAACAUGAACAGCAAAUUAUUUCUGUAACUUAUUAAGUAUUGUAUAUUAAAAAGUUGAAGGUGACGUUUAUUUGGAAGAUUGAAAAAUAUAUAGAUCUAAUAUGACAUUACAUAAGGUCAGUUAAAAUAUGACCGGCUGAAUUAACGGUAACAGUUUAACCGUGUGGAAAUCAGAGCAUUCGUAUAUCAACUUAAUUCUUCCGAUUAAGUAUAAAAAGUUUCAAUUGAACGUUUCAUCGUAUCAUGGUUUUCUAAGUACAUCUGUAAAUAUGCGUCUAAUUACGAGUACUGAUUUAAAUCGAGUUAUUAAUAUUUUCUCACCGUCAUGAAUGUUCGUUAUCCAACAUGACACGGUAUACAGUAACGUCAGAAAUAUUCACGGAGAAUGAAAAUUUGUCAGAAGAUCGAAAUAGUAUGUAAUCAUUUUCAGACACAAUAUCAAGCUUUGUUUUUAAGUAUCCCUCCUAUAUGAUUAAACAAAACAAUCCUAAUGGUAUUGUAAUAAAUCGUGAUAAAGAUGAUGAUAUAGACAUAGAUAGGCAGCAAGAAGGGAAAUUGCUAAUAGAGCAUCGAACGUCUACUGAGUUGCAGCAUGUUGGAUUACAAGUGUGGCGAGGUGCCUUAUUGUUAGCUGAUUACAUUUUAUCCAAUCCUGACCUGUUCAGGGACAAAAUCGUCUUAGAAUUAGGCGCAGGAGUUGGUUUAACUAGCAUAGUCGCUAGCUUCUUGGCAAAAGAAGUAAUUUGCACAGAUAUCAACGUGAAAGGAAUAUUGAAAUUGAUACGCAGAAAUAUUGAAAGGAACAAGUCGUACAUUAAGUCUAAGAUCUGUACUAACGAACUAGAUUUUUUAAACUUGGACUGGCCGACAUUUACGAAACAAAACUUACAUCAGGCUACUGUCAUUUUAGCUGCUGACGUCAUUUACGAUGAAACUAUAACAACAGGGUUCGUCCAAACGUUAGCGAAACUUUUAAACUCGGAAACACCGAAAGUAGUUUAUAUAGCUCUGGAAAAGAGAUUUGUCUUUACCACAGCUGACAUGGAAACGGUUGCCCCGAUGUUCGAAGACUUUCUAAGGCGCAUUGAAAGAGAGCAAUUGAACUGGGACGUCGAAUACGUAAAAAUUGAUUUUCCCCGGUAUUUCAACUACAACAGAGUGAAACACAUGAUCCUUAUGAAGAUACGAAAUAAAUUAACCGAACAAUGUAAUUGAUUAAGAAACGAAAAUCGUUCCUCGACGAGACAUGCCUUUGCAGUAUGAUAACUCGAGGUCUGUUCCCUUUUAAGAUCUACAAUAAUUUCAACACAUACGCUAUUACGUGUAAAUUAAUUUGUAUUUACAAAUUAAUUGGUACAUAAUAGUGUGCCCUGUGUAUAUAUGUACAUACAUGGUACAAUUGCCGGCAGUUUAAAAGAAGAACCGCUGGUCAAGUGAUAUAUCAUUAGCCUAGAGAAUUAACAAAAAGUAAUUCGUAUAAUUUCAAGUAAGAGUAAUGAACACUUCUCAAGAAUUCUCAUGGUUCUAUCGUUUAUUAUAUGUAUUUACAACCUAGCGCAAGUAAUAAUAUAUUAAAUGGACAGUGAUAAAACUCGUUCGAAGAUAAUUGAUUUCCUAGAAAUCGGAACGUCGCUAGAAAAUUGAAACGAGACACUUCGUUACUUAAUUACAUUGUAAUCGCGUACCACGUACGGGAAUGUAAAAUGUUUCUUCGAACGAUAAUCGGCAGUAAAAUUUCUGUAUAAUACACACAGAAUAAAUUCAUCGUAACGUA